AUCAUUCUCAAGGUGUUGCCGCUUUUCGCUUCAUCGUUUCCAGUUUACAAAGCUUUAUUUGUUUCGAGUCUCACUCAGUUAACUCGAUUGUUUCCAUUUCACUCAAGAAUUAAAGUGGUGAAGAUUCAACACUGUUUUCCACAGUGGCGGCCGAGCUUGAAAAUAUUUUCCAGUGGCAGCGAAUGUGACUCCGUUUAAAGCGUACAAGGGAGAAGCCCUCAGAAGAUUUGUCCAAUUAUUAACGCUAUACGCCAUUCUAGAACCCGUGAACUGGAAGUGUGCUAUGUCAGAUAACAUACUCUGCGGCAAUAUUUCGAUGUCAAAUCGAGGGCUGGCACUUUUCGUUGUUCUAGUGAUGUCGUUGGUAUAUGGCACCAUUUAUGGCUUUGUUCCAAUCUCUAGAAACUAUCUGGUCCCAGAAAAAGUAAAUUAUGAUCCUCCACCAGCUGUACGCAAUGAAGAAAACUCUUCCUGCCUCCGCAAUGCGUUUUCAGACAUUGUGCUUGUAGUUGUGUUCAACUUUCCUUUCUACUCAAGUAUCCCAACACUCUCUGGCCUUUAUAAGAAUGCAUUUCCAACGAUCAUGUUUUGCGGACCAACUGAGUCAAGAGAGCACAAGAUCGAGUUGGUUCAAUCCAUUUUCAAAGGAUACUUCGGCUAUAUGUGCAUGUCACGUGCCAUGGAAAAAUAUCCGGGAUACGAGGGAUAUUUACUCAUCGGCGAUGACGUAAUACUUAACUACUGGAAUUUAAUUGGAAUGGACCGUAACAAAAUCUGGGAAGGGCCAAAAGUACCGAUUCUAUCAGAGUAUACUCAGCCUGAAAAAUGGUCUUGGUGGAAUUCCAUUUAUGGAAAGAGGACAUUUCCGUUCAAAACUGAAAGUGCUGGCUCAGCAGAUUCCUUUCAGAAAAUGAUGUAA